UGAAAGACAAGUAUUAGAUGCUCUGCACUGUAUCAUCAACAAUGGCUCAUAGUGCUUGCUUCUUUUCAAGAUGCACAUUUUUGGUAGUGUUAAUUUCCUGUACAAGUGCCUCUUGCUAGUCCCUCUAAAUUUCAUCACUCAUCACCUUAUCUUGCUCAAAAAAGUACUUAUUUUUUAUUAACAAAUGCCCUGCUCAUUGCCUUAAAAAUGUUGAUGUGAUUAGCUCAGAAUAUAAUUAUACGAAUCAGCUUCAGUAGAGGCCAGACUCUAUUUAUAAAUGUGCUUGAAAUCACCAUGCUUAUUUGUAUCUGCACACUGAAAAAGAGCUUAAAAGUAGUUUCAGAAUGGCUUGUUUUGAGCAAUGGAAGCAGGUUAUCGCGAUGGUGGGAGCGAGUUUUUGUUUAGCUGUUGUUAAUAUACUUCUUAAGAAGGUUCUUAGUGGGGGAUUAGAUCAUUUGCUGAUUAUCUUUUAUCGACAAAUUAUCUCCACAAUUUUCUUGUCGCCUAUUGCUUAUUUCUGGGAAAGGAAAAGCAGGCCUAAGCCGACGAUUGGCAUUUUGUGUGAUCAUUUUCUCAGUGCUCUGAUCGGUGUGACAUUGACUCAGUACCUCUUUCUUCUUGGCCUUAAAUUUACAUCAGCAACGUUUUCGUGUGCUUUCAUCAAUAUGGUGCCUGUAAUCACAUUUAUAAUGGCAAUGCCAUUCGGACUAGAGAAAGUGAAUUUGAAGCACAAAAGUGGAAGAGCAAAGGUGUUUGGAGCGUUGGUCAGCGUGGGAGGGGCCUUAUUGCUGACACUUUACAAAGGGAUUCCCCUCCGGGACCUUCCAACGCCUUUAGAAGAUCCGACAACAGGUGGUACAAAGAGGUGGGGAACUGGAACCUUACUUUUGACAGGAGGCAGCAUUAUGUGGUCGUCGUGGUUUCUUAUACAAGCUAAGAUUGGGAAGACUUACCCGUGCCAAUAUUCCAGCACUGCGAUGAUUUCCUUCUUUAGUACUAUCCAGUCAGCCCUCUUGUAUGUUGCGAUUCACAGGAAUACAUCUGCUUGGCUCAUCAAAGGAAGUCUUGAGAUUCUAACUGUCCUCUUUGCUGGAAUGGUAGGAUCAGGAUUAUGCUACGUGAUUAUGUCAUGGUGUGUUAAAGAACGAGGUCCUGUUUUCACCUCAGCCUUCAGUCCUCUGAUACAGAUUUUUGUGGCCGCGUUUGAUAUCACAUUUCUACAUGAACAGAUUCAUCUGGGAAGUGUCCUCGGAUCAGUUCUAGUAGUCGCGGGAAUGUACAUUCUUCUGUGGGGCAAAAUCAAUGAAGCUGUGCUCUGUAAUGCGAUAAAACCUGUUACAGAUCCUGCAAUGACAGCUGCAGAAGAGAUAUGAAGGCCCUGAUGAAUCCAGGAUGUUUUAGUCCUAGCUAGAACAGAAUACAAUACAUUAGCUUAAUUUUAGUGGACUGGAAGAACAUGAAUACUUCAUAUUGUCAUAUUGUCCUAACCAUAAGGUGCUUGUUACUAUGUUGAAUUAAAGAAUUACAUGUAUUCUCAAUAAAUUGCAGUUGUAUUCUUGAAAAUUGUAAAGAAAAGAUAAAUAUUGCAAAUGA